CUCUGACUCGUCCACACUGUGUGACAGGGGAAGGCUGGGCUGUCCCGAGCUUUAUCUAAACACACACACACACAUAGACGUAAACACACACACACAAACACACACACACGCAGCAGAGCCUCCCUGCGCUCAGCUCAAGCCCUCUUUAAGCUGUUUUUCUGCUGGAGAUCAGCGAGAGCUAACGACACACAGCUGCUUCUCCCUGAGAGGACAAGAGGAGAAGAGAGGGAGGAGAAGACGAGCAAGAGGAGGGAGGAGAAAACGAGAGAAGAGGAAAACAUAACCACCAGCAGCCUCUUUAACUUCUGUCUGGUGCAGCUCGGUCUUCAGCAGGGAGGGUUUUCUCCUCCACUUCAGGACUUUUUGCAGAAAGAGGAGAGGUUGGAGUUCACAUGACAAAAUCGGAGUGAAUGGGUUGCCAUGGUGUCUCACCCAGGGAGUCUGACCCGUGCAGAGUGAAUGGAGGGAGUGCCAAGUGAACGCUGAACUAACGGAGGGGAGUCACCGGAGAGAGAGAGAGGGAAAGAGAGAGUGAAAGAGAGAGAGAGCGCGAGAGAAAGAGCAGGGUGGAUAACAGAGGGAGCGCAGAGGAGCGCAGCAGAGGUUGAGAAUGGAGGACGGCUUUUCCAGCUACAGCAGCUUGUAUGACACCUCAUCACUGCUACAGUUCUGCAACGAAACAAGGUCAGAGUCGGCGUACUCAUGGAAACAGCCUCUUGGUGAGCCAGCGGAUGACAGCGCGUCAGCAGCCAGCAGUAUGGAGGUGACUGACCGCAUCGCCUCCCUGGAGCAGAGGGUCCAGAUGCAGGAGGACGAAAUUCAGCUGCUUAAGUCCGCUCUGGCUGAUGUGGUGCGCCGGCUCAACGUGUCCGAGGAGCAGCAGGCUAUGGGGUCACGCAGAGGACCCACCAAAGCUAGGCCAAUGAUAGCCACCCUCCCACUACGGCCCACUGUUAACAACGGGACCAUCCUACCAAAGAAAGGCGGCGGCACUCUGCCCUCCCCGUCUGGACCAGGAUCCAGAAAGGACACCAGCACGCCAGCCAGUAAGAGCACUGUGCGGAGGACCAACUCAAACGAACAUGUGGGAACUCUCACAAGGAAAGACUCAGGCGAGUCCAAAAAUAACCGGACUCGGGCUGGAUCCACCGGCAGCAACUCUAGCGGCAAAAGAAGUGACAGCAAACAGAGGGAUCCAGUGUUCAAUGCAGGGAUGCGACGUGUGACCCACUGCAAAGAGGAGGGUUAUGUGAAAAUGUUCUUGAAGGGUCGACCCAUCACCAUGUACAUGCCCAAAGAACAGGUGGACACCUACUGCCUGGAGGCCAGAGCCGAGCUGCCAAGCAACAAGCUCAAACUGGAUUGGGUUUAUGGUUACCGUGGUCGAGACUGUCGCUCCAACCUUUAUUUGUUGCCCACUGGAGAAACGGUGUAUUUCAUCGCCUCAGUCGUCGUCCUGUUCAACGUGGACGAGCAGCUGCAGAGACACUACACAGGACACACGGAUGACAUCAAAUGCCUGGCCGUCCACCCUGAUAAAAUCACCAUAGCAACCGGGCAGGUGGCGGGCACCUCUUCAGAUGGGAAACAGCUGGCUCCUCAUGUCCGUGUUUGGGACUCUGUCAGCCUUAACACCCUUCAUGUUUUGGGUUCAGGCUUCUUCGACCGAGCCUUGGUCUGUCUGGCUUUCUCCAAGUCGAACGGAGGAAACACUUUAUGUGUCGUAGAUGACUCCAAUGACCACGUCCUCUCCGUGUGGGACUGGCAGAGAGAGGACAGGCUGGCUGAGGUCAAGUGCUCCAACGAGUCAGUGUUUGCUGCAGACUUUCACCCGACAGACAGCAACGUAAUAGUGACCUGUGGGAAGUCUCACCUCUACUUCUGGAGCCUGGAGAAAGGCACGCUGGUGAAAAAACAAGGCCUGUUUGAGAAGCAGGAGAAGCCCAAGUUUGUGUUGUGUGUGACAUUUGCGGAAAAUGGAGACGCCAUCACGGGAGACUCUAGUGGGAACAUUUUGGUGUGGGGAAAAGGCACUAAUCGCAUCAGCCACGUCAUCCAGGGAGCUCACGAGGGCAGCAUCUUUGCUCUGUGCAUGCUGAGGAAUGGCACACUUGUGUCUGGAGGGAAAGACCGCAGGCUGGUGUCCUGGGACAGCGGCUACCAGCAGAUACAAACAGUGGAGGUGCCGGAGUUGUUUGGUCCCAUCCGGACCAUAGCAGAGGGCAGAGGGGAGACUGUGCUCAUUGGGACCACCAAACACUUUGUGUUGCAGGGCAGUUUGGAUGGAGAGUUUAUUCCUAUCACACAGGGUCACACUGACGAGCUGUGGGGUCUGGCUGUUCACCCCUGGAAGCCUCACUUCCUCACGUGCGGCUUCGACAGGCAGGUGUGUCUGUGGGAUUCCAGCUCUCAUCAGCUUAUCUGGACCAAGAGCAUGGAGGAUUCGGCCCAAUCAGCUGGUUUCCACCCAUCCGGAGCAGUGGUCGCCAUCGGAACUCAAACUGGCAGGUGGCUGGUGCUGGACACUGACACUAAGGAUCUUGUCACAGUGCACACAGAUGGAAAUGAACAGCUGUCUGUUAUGAGCUUCGGGCCAGAUGGUAACUUCCUGGCCAUCGGUUCUCACGACAACUACAUCUAUAUCUACGCCGUGGCAGAAAAUGGGAGGAAGUACAGCCGAGUGGGGAAGUGCUCGGGUCACUCCAGUUUCAUCACUCACCUGGACUGGUCAGUGGACUCCCAGUACCUGGUAUCAAAUUCAGGGGACUAUGAGAUACUUUACUGGAUCCCAUCAGUGUGUAAGCAGGUGGUCAGUGUUGAAACCACCAGAGACAUCGAGUGGGCGACCUACACUUGCACUCUGAGCUUCCAUGUCUUUGGUUUGUGGCCUGACGGCUCAGAUGGCACCGACAUCAACGCUGCCUGCAGGUCCAGUGAUAAGAGCCUGCUGGUUACCGGCGAUGACUUUGGGAAGGUCCAUCUAUUCUCACACCCCUGCUCACAGUUCAGGGCUCCCAGCCAUGUUUAUGGCGGCCACAGCAGCCACGUAACCAACGUGAGCUUCCUGUAUGAAGACAGCUACCUGGUGUCGACUGGAGGGAAGGACAUGAGUGUGAUGCAGUGGAGGAUAGUUUGAAGAAAUCCACGGAAACACAAACUUUUCGUUUCUUACUGCUGCCUUUUACCGGGGCCUGAGAGCCAGCAGAGGCAAACUGAACUAAAGUGAACUGCACUAAACUGAAGUGAACCAAACUUAAUUAACUCAGAUGCUAAAAUCUAAGAGGUGGAUCGGCCUGAAGUGAAGACGAUCUGAAGUCUGCUUCCUGAGAUGAUCGGACAUGUAAUGUGCGGUUGCUUGAAAUACAAAUAUCCUGAAUAUUUCCCCUUUUUUACUCACACUACAUGUAAAAACUCUCUUUUUCCCACUUACUCUGACCUACACACCAAUGAUAUCAAACAAAACAGUUCAAUCGAAUCCACCAAAACAGAACCAAAGGCUCUGACCUUCUGUGCACAGUCCUGCCACAGAUCACAGACUGAAGAGGUUUAACGAUCAUUCAUCCGAGAGCAUUGGAACAAAAACUAUGUACACAAAGAAAACUGUUUCUUUUAUUUUGUAUUUAACAACUCAGGAAAGCACUAGUGAAGCAGGUUAACAUUCACAUAUCAGAGCAAGCCCCAAACAUAUCUCACUAAAACAGAGACGCAUCAACAACGGUUAAUAUCAGACUCAGCUGUUGUUAAAGCGUUAUUCAUUUCUUUCAUUGACUGAUUUUGUUUAAAAAAUUACCAAUUAUCUGAAUUUCUUGGACACUGAUGAUAAAUUCAGUCCAGUCAAAUUAAUGAUCUGAUUUAGAGAAGAAUAUCAACCAUCCUCCACAAUCUUUUUCUGUAUUUUCUGUGCUUCCAGGUCUUUAAAAAGACAUCUCUUUAUUAUUUAUUGACCACGAAUUAAAUCCUUCACUGCCAGUUUUAGUUCUUGCAAGUCUUCCCUACAGAAAUCCCCUUUGAGACACUAAUGUGUAAAUAAACUGAGAAGCUUGAACCUAGUAUGAGCAGAAUUUGGGUGAAUAUAGUGUUUGAAACUGUUUCAAAAGUUUUGAAAGGAGUUGUUGUAUUUUUGAUUUGCCUUGAUUUGCAAGGGAAAUGAAAAUGAAGCACGUAUGAGUUUUUUUAAUGAUGUGAAGCCUUUUUUAAAAUCUGUAUCUAUCUGCAUUAUACUGCACCCAGAUCAGUUUAGAAGCAGGCUGAGACCAUUACACUGUAACUGUUUACGUCUGAUGUGCACCAUCAGGCACUGGCAAGAUAUUUAACUGAACUGAACCUUUUUGAGAUGUUUUUCUUUUUUACAAUAAUGCACUGCUCCAGCCUAAUGAACAUCAUCAGGUCUAUUCACCUGCACAGUAAAACAAGAAUAUCACUAUGUAGCUCUUGCUGGAACUUCUCAUGACCCAGUGAUUUAUGCUUCACUGUAUGCACUUGUCAUUGUACUGUUAACAGCAAGUCAAUAUCACACAUGCAUGAUUCUUAAAUAUUUCUUGGAUUGAGGUUUUGCAAAUUUUAACCAAAACUGCCACUAAUAUGAGGCUUAUUGGUGUUGUUGUGAAGGUUGGGUGAGUUUUGCAGUUAUCUGACCAGGGAAAAACACGCUGAGAUCUUCUAACAGCAGUGAUACAAAGUCACCAAUCUGCAGGGUGAAUGUAACAUGCUUUGUCUUAUCAUUAAACACUUGGGGCUACAGAACCAUUGAACAUUAAACAUUUGUCUGAAAGUAAA